GUUUACUGUUUGCCAUUGCUUCGGUUCGGUACUUAGGGCAGCUUAGGGCCUUUGGGGCCUUUGGGUACUUUGGUUGCACGUGCUUUGUGUUUACGCUAGGCUAUGAGAGGAUCGUGAACUUUGUGAGCACAGCCCGUGGGAAACAGUUAAAAAAUGCUGAAUAACGCUGACGAGGAGGCACUGGCGUCCUUAGACGUUCUGCUUGGUCGACGUAGCUGCGACGGCGGUGACAAAAACUUGCAGGCGAAGAUUAGAGCUGUGAUGAAUGCAGUGGCGAAGCUGCCCAAGUCGAAUCUCGAGACUGUGCCUUUUCCGAAGGUGGCUUGCACCUUGCUGGAGCACAUCAGCCUGGAAGCUCGGAACUUGGAUGUGGGCCUCCUCGCGGGUACCUGCGUUUUUCGUCUGCUUUCUCGCUUCCUCUCGCCCCUCGCCACCGCACAAGCAGUGGAGGACCUCAUUCUCCGUCCAUCGUGCCACUCCAAUUACCCUCGUGCCCCGUGCGCGGACCAGACCUUUCCCGGCAAAGUUUGCGAGCAUACAAAAUCGAUAGAGUGGGAUGGCCUAGAAUAUCCGACGCACUACCACUUGUGUUUGAUCCACGGAGCCCUCAGCUGCGGACCCGACGUCCGUUUCAUCUUGACCCGGCAUGAAUCACGGAGCCGGAAAAGACCGUUGAUUCUCGAAUUCCUCCCGUUCUUGGUCUUUUUCGCGCACAGCUGUGGCGAGUCACACUUUCACGUGCUCGCCACUCUCGUGCUGUGGCUGAACACAGUGGAGAAUCUUUUGACAACAAAGGUAGGGGUCGUCGACCUUGUGUCAUUAAAGGAUUGUGAAAGUUCCCAGAAGAAUUUAGCACUGUCGGAUGGUCUUCAUGGGGCAGCAGACUCAUCAAGUGAAACGUCUGUUAUCACCGGUCCCUUGCCAGAGGUUCCAUCAAAAAUCCAGGGUGAAUGUUUGGGCGUUGAUGUGUUUACUCCGGGGUCGAAGCAAGUCGACUUAAUCCUGUCGGUGUGUGAUUUGUUUUGGGAGUCGUCGAUCAGCGGCGUUCCGGAGCUCGUGAGGAAGGCGUUCCUGUCAUUGCUUCGAUUGGGUUGUCUGAAGGAGCAUCGUAAUGACGAAGGGAAGUUUUCGGAAGUUCCGGAGCUUCACAAGUUCCUGCUGAAGCGAACCAUGCAGCUUGACUGGAGGACCAAGCCGAAAUUUCUCAGCCUGUACUGUCUGUUGAAGUUUGUGCCUUUUGAGGUGUGUUUGGAGAUGGAUCCCGAAUUUACUCGGAAGGCCAUCUGUGGCCUGCAGGCGAACCACCUUGUGUCAUCCGCUGCAGACGUUUACAAGGCGUCUCUUGAAGGGGGAAGUGCAAAUUCGGCAAGCAAAGAGUUCUGGCGGGAUCACUGGAAGGACGUGAUCGUGAGGACCAUCAAAUACUGUGACAGGGCAUGCCUUCAAAACCUGGUGACACACAUACUGCCGUGGACGGUGGCAAACGUACCAGGCAGUUUUGAUGAGCUGAGGGCCGACCUUGAAGGCUGCCGCAGCGAGGGUGCUCUCGUGGCUCUCGUGGCCUUGAUGCGAAUAGCAAAGCAAGCAGGCAGCUUCUCACCAACUGCGGAGCAGGAAGAGCUGAUUGCAAAAUGCCUGAAACAUGAAUCAAACAUUGUUCGUGCAGAAGUGUUCAGCCUUCUCUGUUCGUGCCAUUUUAAAUCAAAGCUUCCGAAUCGGCAGGAACUGCAAGGUGUCUGCGAGUUUCUGGAGCACAACUUGAACAUUGACGACGCUUGGUUUCGUACUCGGGUGACCGUGCAACUGGACAACCUGGUUGUGCGGCUCAGGGAGUGUCUGCUCACACAAUACGUCCGGUCUAAGCAGUCGGAUUUGAAGAAAAGAGUUGCCCUGGACGACUCUUUCUAUCACACGCUAGACAUCAUGGGCGGCAUCGUGUCUCAGUCGGUCAGCCACCUGUUCCCGGGGGCCAGCUACCAGCGAGCCGUCACGUGCCUCCACAUCCUCGACGCAGUUUUCGGUACUUUCUGUCGAGCCCCGACUGGCAAGCGGAGAACGAUCCACAAGGAAGCGGACCUGGAUGCCUUUCUUCGCCAGGAGGCAAACGGAAGACUUCAGCUGGGCUCCGCACGCAUGAGGACAGCUCUCCUUCACUGCCUCUUUCAUAGCGUAGAGGAAAUUCGCCUCAAGGCAUUCAGCCUCCUCACGAACGAAGCGUCCCACUUUCUCGAGUCUGGCGGCGUCGUACAUGAGGAGCUCUGGUCCCUGGCUCGGCGACACCUGUCGAGCCCGCGGCCCCAGGACGGCGCCAUUGGUGCGCUGCUCGUGCGGCUGUCUCUCGUCUGCCUCAAACAGGUCAGCGAUGCAGAAAUGACAAGCAGACUGCUGGAAGUCUGCGAUCAGGCUGUUACAAACUUUGUUGCCCUACAGCGUGACAUUGCCUCAUCAUCUGCCGACUGUCCCAUUCACGGUUGGCUUCUCACCUUGACAACUUGUCUGAGCGACGUUGAAGGCAUUCUGAAAGCGGUGGAGAGGCACAGCUCCCUCACCGGCGUCGACUACGGGGGCACCAUUCUGAAUGAGGCCCUGAGUCUGUCCCAGUCGGUUCUUCAGUAUGUCUUGCGCAUCAUGGUUCCAAGAGACCAGCACAACGUCGCAGAGGAGACGGCGACCCAGCCCCUGCACCGGGUUGCCCCCUCGUUCGAAGACACCGAGCGCGCCUUCCUGGCCCUCGUGGAAAACAGCAAGCGAGCCAGAAGGACAACCUUCACCGAGGAGGAACGUCAGCUGGCGAUUGAGAGGAUAACCUCCUGCUGCUGGCUUGGCAUCAAGAAUGGCUGCUUGCUGCUGGAGCAAGUUGCUCGCAUCUCGCUCGGAGCAAAUGGGGUCAGCUACCCCCUGGACUAUUCCUCGCUGAAAGGCAUCAUGGACACUUUCGUCUCCGUCAUGACUGCGUGCCGGCAUCGCGGUGCGAUAGAGAGCUGUGCUGAGUCCUUGCGACGCUUCUGCCAGCUCGUGUCCUCCUGCGAUGACGCCAGCACAGCUGAAAUGCCUUUGGCCGUCUUGAGUGAGGCCCUUAAACACUGGUCGGAGAAAAAGAGCCGAUCCUCACUCACUCGGCGGUCCGCCGGACUUCCCCUUCUCGUCAAGGCACUGAUUGAAGGGGACAGAAAGGACGCACAGUCAAGCCUACGCAGAGCAGUGUUGUCUGUGACGCGACUCUUUCCCGCCCGGACCGGCCACCUGACCCCGGAUAACAACCUGGACGUACCCGCGGCUGAGAAGCUGCACCUUCUGUGUGCCCUGGCAGGCUCCUCCCCAUUGGGGGAGGCCAUGCGGGUGCACCACAAUGCAGUGUUCGAGGCCUGCCUCGAGGGCCUCGACUCCUCCGUCUGGGUUGUUAAAAAUGCGGCCUACCAACUCUACGGUACGGUGGCGCCGAGGAUGCUUGGACAAAAGAGGACAAGAGAGGAAUUUGCGGGUCACGACACCCUCACCCCUAUGAAGGUGUUCACGCAGUUUCCUUGCGUGAUGGCCGCCCUGAGUGGUUUCGGCGAACGUCCACGGGGAGACAGCGAGCAGCUUUUCUUCAUUUUGGACUUUCUCUCGCGCCUCCGACCGGCGAGCCACGACCAGAACGACAGAACUGUCCUCUUCGAUAUGGACAAGUGUGACAUCUACACUUCGUCUACGCGGGAGAAACUGGAACCUUUUGUGGCAGUCGUGAGGACGCAACUCAAGAGCCGUUCGUGGAAGUUGCGUCUCCUCGCGGCCAGGUGCCUCGCUUCCCUCUGCCAUUCGCCACAGGACGAGGUGCUGUCGGCUCUGUCGGCCCUGGCCAGUUCUGGCGAGACGACUUCGUACAACGAGCUGCAAGCUCGGCUACGUGCCGCCAACGUCCUUCUGAGAGUGGACCCGAACUGCAUUCCAGCGGUGGUCGACUGCUUCGCAGACGACGCCGUGCUGAACUGGUGGGUGCUGGCGUCACGGAACUGCUUCGUACAGAUGGAGCUACUGGACACGCUGAGUCUGCUGUAUCCAGACCCCAACCACGCCUGGAAGUCAGACCUCUGCGAGGCAUUGCUGAAGAAAUUGGAAGGCUUUGCUGCCGGCGGCACUUCUGCCCCGGGUCAUAGCAGGCCCGGCCACGAGCUCUUGAGAAAGCGGCAGGCCGCCUGGCUGCUGAGCACGGCGACGCGUCACCGCUCGCCCGAUCUGACUCCCGUGGUCACAUCUCUCAUGAGGGUCGCCAAGGCAGAGAGUCACGUGAUGGAAGCGCUGCUAGAAUCCCUCGGGGACGCCUGCCGUACAGACUCCAUGUUUUCCGUCGGCGUUUGGCGGCAGCUGGCGACUGAGCUCGUAGCUUAUGCCAAGAGCGGGGCGCACCACCGCACGCACCUGGCGGACACCGUGGAGCUGUUGGAAUCGCUGCUCCAGAAGCAGGACGUGCCGAAUCCGACGCUCGUCCGGGAAUGCUUGUCAGUGUCCCAGCACUAUGCGCUGGGCCAGUCUGCCGGCGGCACCACAGUGAGAGCGCUGUCCCUGGCAUUGUGGUCGCAGUGCCUCAGGCUCUCCCUGGAGAAUCCGGCGUUCGGCACUCCUGCAACACUUGGGGAGAGCGUCCACGCGUGGUUGUCUUCGCUGGCAGCUGCGCUGGAAGGUCGUCCGGAAGCCGAGACAACCGCCGACAUUGUCUGGUUCCAAGUGGCGCGGUCGGUACGGACGACCGGCCACGCAGCGUUCAACUGGGCCUCCCGGUGCGACCCCCCUGACCACGUGGUGCUCCAGAGCGUGUUCGACAUCACACUGCAACUCCUGCAAGACGGGGACCCCCGGAUUCGGUCGGAGGCAGCUGCCGCAUUUACUUAUGAAGCCCGCGCUCUGCAGCCAAGUCCCGUGCAACCCAACCUUGCAGUUAGGGAUCUUUUCAAGAGGAUGGUACAAGUUUGUAGAGGUCAGCUGGAAGUAGUCAGAUUCCUCAUGGACAAACUCCACGCAUGCGACUCCUCCACUCACCUCGAGGUUGAGCGCCAGCUUGGUACACCCGAUUUCAGCACGAGCGGCCUCUUCGAGCAGGACGAGAGCGAAGUCUUCUUCGAGCCCAUGGUUACCCUUUUCUUGUUCCGCGACCACUUGAAGGUAUCGUCACUUUUGUUGAUCCUGUUAUCGCUGAAAACCACAGCGUUAAUACGAAUACGAGGCCUUGUCCGCGGUACGCAGGUUGCCGUGGACGACUCGAAAAUUUGCUACGGGACAGAACUUGAAGCUCUCUUCUCGGAAGAAGAGAGCAAGCUCCUCGGGGAACUGAAAGAGACCUGUGCUGUCCUCGAAGCCUUCCUCGGCCAGAGUGGGGAACGAGAACUGCAGCUCUACGGAAAACCCAAGUUGCACUACGUCUUGACAGCGCUGCUUUGCCGCGUGGACGUCACGGCUCAUGUCCUCAAAGACCGCUUCGAAGCGGAGGGCACGGCGGGCACCCUACAAGUUCAUAGAAGAAGGCUUAUGCAGUUGUGGACUCCACCUGCAUUUUAAAUAAGUCAAAUUUACUUUAUUUUAUAAAA